GGUUCGGGUUCUGGCUGUGCUGUGAGUGACUCGGGUCCAGCUGUAGUUCGGCUGUAGUUCGGCUGUCCUCCAGCAGGUCCAGCAGCAGCAGCAGCAGCGUGUUCCGGUCCUCCUGGGCUCUGUGUGGUGCUGUCUCUCCGCUCUCCCUCAGCACUCCGCCUCCAUCGCCUCCACCAGCAGCGGACUGAUCAGGCCCUCACAGCCGCUAUCGGUGGCCCCCAGCCGGGCUCGUUUCCAGCCGCAGACCCCGGCAGGUGAGACUGCUGCUGGUUCCCCGGAGACCCGCGGGGCCCCCCCCCGAACCCCCCAUCUGGAGGCCAGAGUCACGGACCGCUCCGCGGGGAACGAACCGGGGCUGUGAUGAAACCAUAAACAGAGUGCGCCACGCACGCUCACACGCACACGGACAGCACAACCGGGCCCGGACCGCGCUUGAACUUGGCCCCCCCUGUGUGGGUGCAGGGGCCGCGGAAGCAUCGGCCCUCCGCGGCGCUUCGGGGACGGUAUUGUCUGCAGAAGGCUGACGCGCUGUUCGCGGCGGCCCCUGCGCUGUCAGACGAGGAAGUGAAGCUUCAUACACGCCCAUCGGAUCCAGCCGAGGCAGCGGAGAGCCGUUCAUCAGAUAACAGCCGCGGGAUUGAUCAACAUGCGCUCCGCUUCUGAUGGAGAGCUGCGGGGAUAAGCUGCGCCACGACGCCGUUUUCCGCAGUUUGUUUCAGCGUUGAAUGAUGGACAAAGAGCUGGUUCAGCAGAGCCAAUCAGAACAGGCCGCCAAUGGCCCCGCCCCCUACACGCCCACCACCCCGACCCCCCCACGGCUCAUCCCCAACCCCAUGCUCCUGGACUCGCCCACCCCCACACUGACUCCCACCACCGCCUCCCCUCCUCCCCCCCUGACCCCCGCCCCCUCCGUCUCCUCGGCCCACGGACCGAAGGCGGCGUCGGGGGGCGGAGCCUCGUCCCCUCACAUCCUCAUCCCGGCUCCGCCUAAACUCACCUCCACGGCGGCCCCCACGCUGCGCACCUACUCCCGCUCCAUCCUGCCCUCCCCGGCCUCCAAGGCGCCUCCUUCCUCCUCCUCUGUUGUCACGGCGACCGCAGCUUCACCCGUGGCCUCGUCUUCGUCGGCUGCAACACACGGCGGCACCACGACCUCCACCAAGACGUCCAGCGGCCUGACCAAUGGGAACGCCCGGGGGGGGCCCACCUCCCCGCCCAUCACGCCGUUUCACACCCCGGCCAGCCCGCCGGGCCGCCAGGCGCAGCAGCCUCAUCCUGUGGGCACACCUGGUCUGGCACGAGCCAAUCAGAACGCCUCACCUGUCAGGCAGAGGGUUUCCCAGCAGACUUUGCUCCUGGGGAAAAACCUCAAAGGGUCGGGGCAGGACCAGGUGCUGCUGAGAGCUCAGAUGCUCAUUCUUACUUCUGCUAUGCGACCUGCACAGCCGCCCUCUUCCUCCUCCUCCUCUUCCUCCUCCGUCCCCUCCUCUAACCCCGCCUCCGCCCAGCUCCAGAGCCUCACCUUGAGGCCUCCUCCCCCCGGGACCCUCACCAUCCCCCCGUCCCUGCGGCUGAAGCCGCCCUCCUCGGCGCCGCCGCUCCUCUCUCGGCCCGGCGCCCCCGUCUUCCCCCCGCUCAGGCCGCGACCGCAGCCCAGCGCCACGGCAACCGAGGGCCCGACCACGCCCGGCCGCCAUCUUUCCGUUCCGCCUCCAACUCUCUACUCUCCGGUCCGGGCCGUCCCUCUGCGACCCAGGCUUCACUCUCCCAGCAGUCACAGAGCAACAAUCCCUCGACAAUCUCUCCACCCCAUCGCUGCGGCUCCCUCCAGCCAGGUCACAUCUGUCAGUAAACAGCUGACUGGGCUGAAGAGUUCUCCGUUAACUCAAACCGUUCUGGGUCCAAGCCCGUCCCAACACAGCCCGUUAUCUUCCUCCAACCACUUUGAGCGCUCACCGUCUGCAGCGCGGCAGCUACAGAUGAUCGCCCUUUCCUCCAGUCAGCAGCCACAGGCGGUAACGUACGUCCACCCUGCGGUCCAGUCCAAGCCCGCCGAGAUGCCUGAGCGUUCCAGCCAAUCAAAGAAGACUGCAAACAAGGACGACUUGAAUCCUCUUCUUUUGAACCCCUCUGCUUUGCCUUCUGCUCAAUCUCACACACAAACUUUGACCAAGAAGAGAGAGCAGAAGGAGAGUGAAGAUCAAGGAGCCAUAAGCCGAGGAGUGAGACCAGGAAUCAGAGAGGAACGGAGCGCCGGUAAAGACCUCCAGGUGGAGAAAAAUGUCCAAACAGAGACGAUAAAGCAGGAGAAGCUCACAGAUACGGAGCAGGAACCUGAAUCGGAUCAGAUGGAGGUAAAAGAAGACCAGAGAGACAGAGAGAGGAGACAAACAGGAAAGAAAAGGAAACAUGAGGAGGUGGAGGACGAGGGAGGAGAUACUCCCAUGGAAACAUCAGACCAGCAGACCGGCCAGAACACAGAACCGGCUCCACAUCCGGACACCGUUAAAGACUCCAGCAAGGGAUCAAAACCCAAACUGGAUCUCAUUCCAGCACCAGUAAAAAGUCCAUUCAAAUCAACAGUUUCAGUCCAGAGUCCAGUAACAGAAUCCGUUCCAGGUGAAAAACCAGUAACAAGUCCACUUCCUGUUAAACCUCCAGUAACAAGUCCACUUCCUGUUAAAGCUCCAGUAACAAGUCCACUUCCUGUUAAACCUCCAGUAACAAGUCCACUUCCUGUUAAAGCUCCAGUAACAAGUCCACUUCCUGUUAAACCUCCACUCCAGUAA